UGCCUCGUUUCUUCCACCUAAAACGAAACCAAAGCCGAAACACACACCCGCAGCUGGUUGUGUUUACGUGGAGCAGGAGUUUAAGUAUUACAGUGGGUCAGAUAUCACACAUCUCUGAAGUUGUAUUGUUUCUAUUUAAUAUUGUUUUGUUAUUUUUAUAUUCUCUAAAUGGACGCCGGCCAAACGAAUUACGUGGGAAGACUGAAUGAAUGUGCACAGAGAAACGGCUGGUCUGUGAAGUUUGAUCUGGUGCAGUCUGUUGGACCAGCACACAGCAAGAUAUUUACUGUAAAGGUAGUGGUGAAUGAUAAGACUUAUCCUGAGGCAACGGGACGAAACAAGAAAGAUGCCAAGCAAAAUGCUGCAAAGAAGGCCCUCUCCAUUUUAGAAAACGAUGAAACGGUUAAUACAGAAACAAACGUGUCCUCUUCUGUCAAUUACUCACGUUUAACUCAACCCAACUACAUAUGCUGGCUGAAUGAACACUCCCAAAAGAAUAAGCUACAAUUUGUUCCAAAAGAAACAAUGCUGAUGAAUUUGGCCUCUAACCUCCAGAUAUGCACUUAUGCUUGUAAUUAUGUCUGUGGUGAUAAAGAAUUCCCUGAAGCCAUUGGCAACAGCAAAAAAGACGCCAAAGAGGCAGCAGCAAAACUGGUUUAUGAGCUUCUUACAGAACAGAAUAAAGAGCAAAGUAACAAAUUCAUUGAUGAAAAUGGCAACGGGGAAGAAAAUUCAGAUGGUGCAGAUCUCAGCACCAAUCUUCAAAAUCUAGAGCUAAACACACCUGCAGAUACUGGAAAUACAACACCGGACAGUAACUUCAUAGGAAUCCUUAACAGCCACUGUCAGAAAUAUAAACUUGUAUGUGAUUUUAAACUUGUGGAGCGAAAAGGGCCUGCACAUGAUCCUGACUUUGUAUACAAAGUCGUUAUAAACAACGAAAAAUAUCCAGAAGCACAGGGAAAGAGUGCAAAAGAGGCAAAACAAAAAGCAGCUAAGCUAGCCUGCCUUAAACUUCAGGAAUCUGGUUUAAGCAGUCGGAUUUCAUCACCAUCCAAAAACAGUGAGUCAACAGACGAUGCCAGCAUGUCUGAGAAAACUUCUCAAUGUCAUAGUAAAUCGGAGUCUAUCACAUUUAAAGAUUCAUUUUCUGUACCAGAACCACAACCACCAGUCGUUAAAACAAAAAUAAAACUGGCUGCAAAUUUUAACUGUUCACCAGUAACUAGUAAAAAGCAAUCUGAUAUUAAUGUGCUCAAAAAACCAAAACCCUCAGUGAAGAAUACCACACUCUCCAACCAAUCAACAAAAUCAAGGUUUUUAGAGGAGUUUGAUUCAGUAACUAAAAUCGGAAAAGGAGGUUUUGGUGGCGUUUUCAAGGCCAGGCGAAAGCUUGAAGAUACAUUCUUUGCUGUCAAGAUAGUGAAGUUCACUAAAACAGCUUGCAGAGAGGUCAAAGCUUUGUCCAGUCUUAUCCAAGCUAACAUAGUGCGUUACUACACAUCAUGGAUUGAGGAGACUGCGUACAAAGAUGAAGCAUCCUGUGACAGUGGAUCACAAUACCUCUAUAUUCAGAUGGAACUCUGUGAGGGAGAAACUUUGCGUAAAUGGAUUGUACAAAGGAACGAUCACCCUGAAAAAUACCCAGAACGGAGGCAGGAUGCAACAAUGAUAAUAAAACAGGUCUUGGAGGCAGUGGAUUAUGUCCAUUCAAAGAAUCACUUUCACAGGGACCUGAAGCCAGAAAACAUAAUGUUUGGACAUAACGGCGAAGUGAAGGUGGGAGAUUUUGGACUUGCUACCAAAGAAAAGGAAGAAGAAGAUGAUAAAAGUCUACUGGAACGUUCUAAAGCCGGAACUCGUUCUUAUAUGAGCCCCGAACAGAGAGAACGGCAAGCUUACAACAGAAAAGUGGAUAUUUAUGCUGUGGGCCUUAUUUACUUUGAGACGCUUUGGAGUUUUAAAAAACAAAGUGGGAAAGGAGAGCUGUGGAAUGAUAUACGAAGUAAAAAAUUCCCAGAAGACUUCUACAGAAUGUUUGCUUUUGAAAGCAAGCUAAUUGAACAAAUGCUAUGUGAAAAUCCUGAGAAACGACCAGAAGCUGAUCAGCUGCUCAAAACCCUGAAGCAGCACCCAGCCACCACAACCUUAAAGUUUUUAGAGGAGUUUGAUUCAAUAACUAAAAUCGGAAAAGGAGGUUUUGGUGGCGUUUUCAAGGCCAGGCGAAAGCUUGAAGAUACAUUCUUUGCUGUCAAGAUAGUGAAGUUUACUAAAAAAGCUUGCAGAGAGGUCAAAGCUUUGUCCAGUCUUGUCCAAGCUAACAUAGUGCGUUACUACACAUCAUGGAUAGAGGAGACUGCGUACAAAGAUGAAGCAUCAGAAACUUCCAGCAGUUCAUACUGUGACAGUGGAUCACAAUACCUCUAUAUUCAGAUGGAACUCUGUGAGGGAGAAACUUUGUGUGAAUGGAUUGAACAAAGGAACGAUCACCCUGAAAAAUACCCAGAACGGAGGCAGGAUGCAACAAUGAUAAUAAAACAGGUCUUGGAGGCAGUGGAUUAUGUCCAUUCAAAGAAUCACAUUCACAGGGACCUGAAGCCAGCAAACAUAAUGUUUGGACAUAACGGCGAAGUGAAGGUGGGAGAUUUUGGACUUGCUACCAAAGAAAAGGAAAAAGAAGACGAUAAAAGUCUACUGGAACGUUCUAAAGCCGGGACUUUUUCUUAUAUGAGCCCUGAACAGAGAAAAGAGCAAGCUUACAACAGAAAAGUGGAUAUUUAUGCUGUGGGCCUUAUUUACUUUGAGAUGCUUUGGUGUUUUAAAACAGAAACGGAAAAAUCUAAGCUGUGGGAUGAUAUACGAAGUGAAAAAUUCCCAAAAGACUUCUGCAGAAUGUUUGCUUUUGAAAGCAAGCUAAUUGAACAAAUGCUAUGUGAAAAUCCUGAGAAACGACCAGAAGCUGAUCAGCUGCUCAAAACCCUGAAGCAGCACCCAGCCACCACAACCUUAAAGUACGAUGUAACCAAAGAAAACAAAACAUACUAAUCUGUAGACUUCACUCUAACAUUUUAAAAUAAUAUCCAAUAAUCCACUGUGGAAAUGAAAAUUCUGUAAAUUAUUAUGUAGAUAGUUUCAUCUGGCACUUUAUGGAUAUUAGAAAACUGCAUGCUGUGCUGUUUGAAGCACUUUAUUUGUUAAUACUGGAUGUUUUUAAUCAUGUUAUUCAAGCACUUAAGUGUUUUAUAGCAUAUUUUACCUGAUGUUUUAGAAGGUCCAUAAGUCAUGAAUUAUUCUAAUAUCUAUUUAUAGAGUAUACUAUUAAUGUAUUAGUGGAGAAUAAGCAAAAAUAUUUGUUAAAAUUGUGUUACAUUACUGAUUACAAAUCAUUGUCGUGAUUAUGGCUAUUCCAUAGUCCUUAUGUGUGUGUGUGUGUAUAUAUAAAAUGUUAUUUUAUUGGAGUAGAAUUGAUGGUCAACUGGGAUGUGGAAUCAUCAUAUCAGAGAUAUUAAAAUUCAUGAUUAAAUUCAUGAUGAGGGUAAAGUCUCCCUCAUCCUCGUUGUUAUAUAAUUUUAUAGGCAUUUUGAAAUAAUAUAAACAUAUAUGUUUGAUAUGAAUAAUUAUGAAUGGAUCAACACAUUCAGGAGUACACAUUUUUAUGUACACUAGCCUUCUGAGUAAACUUAUGUCUAUUAAAUACUGUGUACAUUUCUAAUUCUAUUACAUCGAGUUUGACUGACUUAAAGAUAUGAUUAUAUGUAUGGUUUUAAUUAAGCAGCAAGUGAAAUUUGUAAUAAUUGGUGUUGAUCUAACAUACUGUACAUAGGGUCAGUGUUGACUGAGUUGUUGAUUAUGGUUGGAGGGUUGGGGCUCAUGUGCAAACAUACAUUAGUGGUAAAUCAUGUGCUGUAAGAAAGAUGGUCAUUUUUUUAAGAAGAGGAAAGAGAACACGUUCAUGCAUCAAUUUAUGGCAUUUGGCAGAUGCCCUUAUCCAGAGAAAAAGGUCUAAGAAAAAAAAGUGGCAAAGAUGAAGCACUUAAUGUAAUUUGUUUUGUUCAAUUUCAUUUUUCUCCAAUCAGUGAAAUCUGUUUUUAUUUUAUUUUAAUAAUUUUAUCUAAUUUUCAUUUUUAAUAAUUCAAAUCAUUUGGGAAAAAUUUUAUGUAGGGUUGCUGUUUUGAAAAAAAUGUAAGUCUGUUAUUAAAACAAUUUCAUGUACAUUUCUACACAUCAUACCCAUGUUUACGGAUUACUCCUAAAAAGAGCUCAUGUUUAAUUUAAAUCCAAUAAAUGUUACUAAUUGUU